AUGGAAGAAGGAGCCGAAGGGAAAGAGCGGGUGCGUUCGGGCCUGGCGCUACCUGUUCUAACGUUUAUUGCCACUAUCGUCGUAUUUUCGGGGGUUCCAUUUCUGCCCGGAACAGGGGCGGAAGGGGUGACAUCGGUGUCCCCCGCCUGUACUGCGAGUGGCUCCGCAACCACGUGCACGUGCUCCGAUGCGGCAGCCGCCGCCAGCGCAGCCGCCGCCAGCGAGAGCAAGCAGUCGGCUACGCUGUCGAAAGACACCAACAUUCUCAGCGUGAACUGCAGCGGCGGCCUUCAGUUUGCACCAACAGGGGACAAACACACUAUGGUCUGUUCAGCAGAAGCUGGUGACCUGAAGCAGUGCAAUGUCGAAAUCGUCGAGCUUCUCGCCGGUACACCGAAUGACGUCAAGUGGAAAGCAUGCGAUACGCAGGAAAGAAAUGGCAAACCAAGCUGCCAGACUCUGACUAUUCCCCAGGAUAACCUCCCAUUUGUCGACCAAAAAUUUGCUGUGGGGUGUACCGGAGAAGACAGCACCAAGAAGGUAUGCAAGGUCGACGUCACCUUGAAGGCCAUAGCUAGCGCGACAAACGGUCAGACUGUCACGUGUGCCUACGGCGCCGGCAGCAAUGAAUCUCGUCAAGUCGUCACUCUCAACCCAUCCAAGAACAGCUUUACUCUGGUCUGUGGAGACAAGGGGACGGUGUUGCCGACGAACUACGAUACUAAGUUUUGCUCCUCAGAUCCAGCUGGCACGAGUACGACAUGCGACGGAGACUACCAGUCGAUUCUGCCGGGCUUCGAGAACGGCUGGUGGAAAAAAGACGAUCCCGACACCCCCAAGUCGUUCACUCUGUCGAUUCCAGUUGACAAGUUCCCGAAGGAGCAGGCGAAGAUGGUGGUUGCGUGCCAGCAAACGACACCGAAAUCCAGCAGCAAGAUAGCCAAAGAUGAGAUAGCAACGUCCAGUGUGUGUAGAGUUGACGUGACUAUCGAGGCGAGUGCAUUCGCAGCCGCAGCCAGAGGGAUGAAAUGGGCGUUCGCCUCACUUGCUGGAACUGCUCUGCUUGUCAUGGUCUCGCAAGCUUAG